AGCGCUUUACGUCCAUAGUGGCGUUAGCAUCAGUCUGGCCAUAGAUUCUCAAAAUGGAUACAGAUUAUGCAGAACAAACCUCACCAUAGAAAGCGAGUUCCUGCACUUCAGUACCGAGCCCUGCUACAGCGAGGAUGUUCCAAAGCCUGGCCCACAGACCAUGGCAUGUCUUCUGCAGGGUCUCCUUGCAGCACCGGGCGUCACUGUCCCAUCGGUCCUCGAGGUUCCCCCAUCUCUGCUACGGUUGGCAGAAUGGAGGUAUACAUAGCUUAUGGUUCAGUCUCCCGGACUGCCGUGUGGCUUCUCUGGGGCUGAGCAAAGUCCAGUACUACUCUACCUCUGGCAACAGCAAAGAUGGUCCUCCAAAGUCACCAUCAGGAGAUGCUCCUUCAGCCGCAAAGGUCGUGUCUGCUGCGACAAAAGCCACCCCAGCUUCAUCAGGUUUGACACCUCAGGGGCUGACGAAGGCAGAGACAAUUCAUGUGAAAGUUCGGGCUGUCCUGAAGAAAAGGGAAUAUGGAGCCAAAUACACUCAGAACAACUUUAUCACUGCAGUCAGAGCCAUGAAUGAGUUCUGCCUCAAACCAAGUGAUUUAGAACAACUCCGGAAGAUCAGGAGGCGCAGCCCACACGACGACACAGAAGCUUUCACUGUGUUUUUGCGGUCAGACGUGGAGGCCAAAGCGAUAGAUGUAUGGGGAAGCCACGAAGCUCUUGCCCGAGAGAGAAACCUCAGGAAAGAGGUGGAGAGGGAGUACCAAGAGAAUAUUUUUCGGAAUCAGCAGCUGUUGAAGGAAUACAAAGACUUUUGGGGAAACACUAAGCCUCGAUCAGGCAAGAGGACAACAUUUCUACAAGGGCCGGGGAAGGUGGUCAUGGUUGCUAUUUGCAUCAAUGGCUUGAAUUUCAUCUUUAAGCUCCUGGCUUGGGUCUACACUGGAUCAGCUAGCAUGUUCUCUGAAGCCAUCCACUCUCUGGCCGACACCUGCAACCAGGCUCUGCUCGCGCUGGGGAUCAGCCAAUCGAUCCGCAACCCGGACGCUGGCCACCCGUACGGCUUUUCCAACAUGCGUUACAUCGCCUCUCUUAUCAGUGGGGUGGGCAUUUUUAUGAUGGGAGCAGGCCUCUCUUGGUACCAUGGCAUUAUGGGAUUGCUUCACCCGCAGCCAAUUGAAUCUUUGUUAUGGGCUUACUGUAUUUUAGCCGGUUCUCUGGUAUCUGAAGGAGCCACGUUACUAGUUGCCAUUAAUGAGAUAAAGAAGAGCGCCCAUCAGCAUGGACUGUCUUUUUAUGAAUAUGUGAUGCAGAGUCGAGACCCCAGUACGAACGUGGUGUUGCUGGAGGAUGCUGCUGCUGUGUUAGGAGUCAUCUUGGCUGCUGGCUGCAUGGGACUCACCUCACUCACAGGUAACCCAUACUACGACAGUUUGGGCUCUCUUGGCGUGGGCACUUUGCUGGGUACCGUCUCAGCCUUCCUCAUCUACACGAACACAGAAGCCCUGCUGGGACGCUCCAUACAGGCCGAGCGUGUGCAGAAGCUUACAGAAUUUCUGGAGAACGACCCCGCUGUGAGGGCCAUCCACGACGUGAAGGCCACGGAUAUGGGACUGAGUAAAGUGCGCUUCAAGGCUGAAGUUGAUUUUGAUGGCCGAGUGGUGACACGGUCUUAUCUGGAAAAACAAGACAUUGACCAAAUCCUCAAUGACAUUCAGCAGGUAAAAACCCCCGAGGAGCUGGAGAACUUCAUGCUGAAACACGGGGAGAACAUCAUCGACACCCUGGGGGCCGAGGUGGACCGCUUAGAGAAAGAACUCAAGCAACGUAAUCCGGAGGUCCGUCACGUAGACUUGGAGAUUCUAUAACACUCCCAGCUCUCUGCUGAGGAAACAUCCUGCUGUACCAACAAGAGCAGCAGCAGCAGAAGAAGAAAAGAUGAAAGGAGGGCCCAGCCUGCCUCUACAAUCUGCCUCCCAUUCUGACCACCACAACAAACCCGCACAAGUCUUACUGUAGAAUAGUCCCGAAGGAUAAGCAUGGACAGUGUUUGAGCAGCGCUUGAACUUCAGUUAGCAGAGUUCAGCCUGCCACAGAUCCACGUUCACAUUCAAGUGUUUCUGGAGAAAAGACUGCUGACUGUCAUUAGCCUCCUUGAAUUUCAGUAGAAAUUCUGACACACACACACCUCCUGACAGUUUAGUCUCCUGGUGUUUUGCUUGAACUCACAUUCCUCCAUAAAUGUGUUUUGGCCGUGGUUGACAUCACGUCUGUUUCAAAAGCAAAACCAAGAGCAGGACCAGUAUCAUUUACUCGACUCGUACUUUACUUUAAUGUUAUGCUUGAACCACAGUGAUAGUGUUUCCUUGAUUAGUGCAGAGGAAACCUAAGAGCUACAUACUCAAACAGACUUAUUUAAAGGCUAGAUAAUAUUAGAUGUUUGGUUGUUUGUUUUUUUUCAUUUAUUGUUAAAAAAAGAGAAACUGAAGAUGGCACAGUGCUUCGGGUUCUGUAAUGAAGACAGAAUUUGUGAUGAAUAGAUUUUACUGCUAUUACAGAAAAAAAUAUGCAAAUUGAAUGGUAUUGAGACUUUUCAUUGAUUUGUAUAAUAGAGUUCAAGAGUAAAGUGAAGCUGAAUACAGUAGCAUUUAAUGAGCAUCAGCUUAUGCAAGAAGAAAAAAAAACAACAAAAAAAAAACUGUUAGAAAACAGUGUUACAACAUUAUACAUCAAGUUAAAUGUUUUAUGAAAUAUUUAUUGGACAUCUUUUCAGAUUACAAGAUUGAACAUCUUCCAAGCCAAGAAAUGACAUUAUAAGCAUCUCUUCUCUUCCCCUUUUCUCUUUGCCGGCUACAAACUUCUCCAAGGUUUUUAAGGUUUACAAACUUCCUGUGAGGUUUUCCACUGAUCAGCAGAUUGUAUUGAUCCAAAGAUGAAGUACUGGAAAGGAUGUCUGUGCCCCACGUGCUCCACCAUGUGUAAAUAAGUGGUCUUGAUAUUGACAAAAACAAACAGACUAGCUGCAUAUUUUCUCGGUCUGCAAAAAAACAUCUGUCAAAUCCUUCCAAUCAAAACAAGUCAUUCAGGAUGUCACCCUGUGCAGUCCGUGUGCUCACAUUAUCAAGUGAACUGUCUCCUACUCGGUGUUUCUGCUGAAUAAUCUCUAAAAAACAUACGGCGACUGUGCUUUUUUUUUUUUGCUUUGGCUGCCAGCGCACAGUCACAGCUGCAGCAUGGGACACACCUGCCUGCCUGCCAACAUCUUUGUUCUGCUUCAGGAGGUGGGCCAGAGCCGUCUCAUCUUUGCUGGGAGGGUGGAUAUAUAUUUUUGAAGGUGUUAAUAGUGAAAUAUUUUCCCUUUGGUUGUAACUACGUAGUCACUGCUGAAGGACUUGGAAUAAAUUUGAAAUAAUUUAUUAAAUUAUUUUUGCUUUC